GGCGGCGCGCGGCGAUGAUGUAAUGGCUUUGUGCGGCGGGCGCUGCGCUCUCUGCGUGUUGCGCGCCCACUCGCGGCUCCGGGGCGGCGGGGGCCGCGGGGGCCUCGCAGGACCUGGCCCGGCCCCCCCGCGGCCCAGCGUGUGAGUGAGGGGCGGGCGGGGAGCGACGGGGGGCCGGGCCCUGCGGUUCUCCCCUGGAGCCGCGCCCCGCUAGGCCUUGGCCCGCGGACGCGGCGGGGCUGCGGCCCUGAGGCGGCCCAGGGGCUCAGGAGGCCUUGGGGAGCCCGUGCGGCCUUCUGGGGGUGCCCCCGGCACCGAGGGGGGCGAGGGAGCGGCUGGUUGGGCGGGCGCGGAGGGCGUCGCGUUGUUCUGUUGCGGGGAAAGGGCUUGGAGACUGCUCGGAGUGCAUGGGAGGCCUCGUCUCUGUGGGGAUGCGCCUGGCAGAACGGCGGGGCCGUGUCCGUGCGCGUCCCGCGGUGCCUGGUUCCGCGCUCGGGAGGAGGGGGGUCGUGCCCCCGGGAUCGAAAAGCGUGAUCUCUGCUCGGUGCGGUGCCCCGACCCGUCGCCCGUUGGCACUCGGCGGCUCUCCGAACGCGACGUAACGCUGGGAGGCGCUUUGCCGCUUUGCUUCGUGCCGCACGCAGCCGUGGAGCCUGAAGGAGCGCGUUCCUCUGACCCACUUGUGGGCCCGGGUGUCUUUUUGAUCCGUUGUACUAGAAAGGCUUGCCAGCGGACCUGGCUUUUUGCACCGAGUACAGUUACCAGCGGAAUUCUGAGGGUUUUAUUUUGGGGUAAAAAAGGAAAGUAAGGUUAUCUUUAUGAAACCGAUCCUCAGUCAAGUGUAACUUUUGAUGUAUGGUCUUUAAAGCCCCCCACUAUGCCAGCAGCUACCGUAGACCAUAGCCAAAGAAUCUGUGAGGUCUGGGCUUGUAACUUGGAUGAAGAGAUGAAGAAAAUUCGUCAAGUUAUACGGAAGUAUAACUAUGUAGCUAUGGAUACAGAAUUUCCAGGAGUAGUUGCAAGGCCUAUUGGAGAAUUCAGAAGCAAUGCAGACUAUCAAUACCAAUUAUUACGCUGCAAUGUAGAUUUGCUAAAAAUAAUUCAGCUAGGACUGACGUUUAUGAAUGAGCAAGGGGAAUACCCUCCAGGAACUUCAACUUGGCAAUUCAAUUUUAAAUUUAAUUUAACAGAAGAUAUGUAUGCACAGGACUCUAUUGAACUGCUAACAACAUCUGGUAUCCAGUUUAAAAAGCAUGAGGAAGAAGGAAUUGAGACGCAAUACUUUGCAGAACUGCUUAUGACAUCAGGAGUUGUACUAUGUGAAGGAGUCAAGUGGCUUUCAUUUCACAGUGGAUAUGACUUUGGUUAUCUAAUCAAAAUCCUGACCAACUCUAAUUUACCUGAAGAAGAACUGGACUUCUUUGAGAUACUGCGAUUGUUUUUCCCUGUCAUCUAUGAUGUAAAGUAUCUCAUGAAGAGUUGCAAAAAUCUGAAGGGUGGAUUGCAAGAAGUGGCUGAGCAGUUAGAGCUGGAAAGGAUAGGACCACAGCAUCAGGCAGGAUCUGAUUCUUUACUCACAGGAAUGGCCUUUUUCAAAAUGAGAGAAAUGUUCUUUGAAGAUCACAUUGACGAUGCCAAAUAUUGUGGCCACUUGUAUGGCCUUGGUUCGGGGUCAUCUUAUGUACAAAAUGGCACGGGAAACGCUUAUGAAGAAGAAGCCAACAAGCAGUCAUGACAUGAAAUGAAAGGCCAUCUUUUUGAGCUCCACAUGCUUGUACAUACGUUUUAUCUCUGGUUGAACCCCUUGGACAAUAAGGCUUUUUUUCCCCCUUUCUCAGCACACUUUCUUUUCUGCCUUUCUAUGUACUAAACCUGACUGUUCCGAUCACAGAUUUUGAUCUUAAUAUUGAUAUGUAGAAUUUUAUGGGUUACUUUUGGAAUCAUAACUAGCCCAUUUGUAAUGAAGCAUGUAUAGGAUCAGUGUGGCAGAGAGAAGGGGAAAGCUAAAUCAUAAUAGUAUGGUAAACUUGCCUAUAUCGGUCUUUGGUCCUUAGGUUUUUUGUCUCUUUCCCCUCCCUUCUCCAAAUUAACUCAUGCUGAUUGUAACUAACUUCCCCGUUUAUGUCUGUUCCUUCCAGUAUGCAGGCGUUUUAGCUAUUCAAGAUUGUGGACCAUCAAAUUUGCACUUUAGAGAGCAACUCUGACUCAAUCCUCUGUUUCAUUUGAAGUUUUUUUUUCUUCUGCCCUUAGCUAGGAUACAAUAAUCUUCUAAGUUCAGCAGCUUCACACUGUAUUUUUGGCAUCUUUUGGUAUUUCAACCCAUAGAAUAUGACAUUUGCUGCAUAACCUGCAGUCGUUCAAGCAAAACAAACUACUGAAACCAUAGUAACUGCUGUUGUUUUACUAGUGUUCUGCCAUCAAACACGUCCUGCACGUGCCAACUGCGGGUUGGCCUGCUGCUUUAGAUCCGCUCUGUGAGGAGGGAAAGAAGCUUGAGAAAACAGCUUUACACCCUUCAGGAAAAGAACAGCUAUGACUUUGCCAUCUUGCCAUUAAGCUGAGAUUUGAAGGCUAUUGGAAUAGUAGGAAUUUUGUAAUGGCGCACUUCCCUUGAUUAACUUUUAUUCUAGUGACGUAUGCUCCAAAUAUUUUUUUAUGAAGUCGUAUUUAUUAUGUACUUGAUUUGACAAUUUCUGGAAGUCAGUUUAGUUCAAGAUAAAGCCCAAAGAUCUGGAAAAAAAAAAUGCUAUUUAACUGAAUUACUGAAUUAGGACAACAAAAUCAUGCUUUUUUGUAGUUGCUACAAAGACAGAUGUUACAGAUAUUUGUUGUAAAACAACAAAAAUAUAAAUAACUUAGAACAAAUAAAGUUACCUGAGGAUUGUAAUGCUAGUUUAUUUUUGAGUAUAUCUUAGCAAUAUAUUUUAGAUAUAUUGUUUUAAAGGACCCUAAAAUAUGUUCUUAUCUCUGCUUACCAUUUGUACAGAGCAGUUGUGCAGGAGACAUUUUUGGUAUUGAAUAGCUAAAUCCAAGCCUGAAAUGAUGGAAAGUGCGACAUCGUGUGCCUGGGUGUGUGUGCGCGCGUAGGGGUGUGCGUGUUCCACACGGAAAUCAAUCAUAGAGAAACUCCAAAUGUUCGCCAAUUAUUCUGUUUACCUUGUACUGCAAAGACAACAAACAGCACCAAACACCUUUUUCAUUGAGUUACGACAAUGUAACUGGGUGGUCCUUUUUAAACAACAAAUAAUUUGCAUAACAGAGGGUAUUUGUUUUUAAAGCUUUUGUAAAUAAAGGCCUAAAAAAUGUUUUCUUACAUAA